CCUAGCUUCUGUACUCGAUAUUAGGUUUCGAGUAAAGUCGGGGAUUACCGCACCGUUUACAAGAUAGACGUUCCUUUUUUAAUUGUAUAAAUUGAAUAAUUCGACAAAUAUGGACCUGGCCAGUGGGUCGAGGGUUUAUCGUUUUCGUUAGAGGCACGGAGGACCCCGGAUUUUUUAUUAUCGACUUCCGUCUGAAAGCACAGGAAACAGGAAGUUGAGAUGGGGAGUUCGUGUCCGAGUAGAUUGAAGUCACGAUAACUCAAGUGGUUAUAGCAGCGGCAUAUUGAGCCAAAGGUUGUGGGCUCAAAUCCCGAUCAUGAAACUUAACUUUUUCAUCUGAACCAAGACCUUACUUAACAAGAAUAAUUAACAAGAGCAAGGAUAUACAACAUUGAUCCUCCCUUUAGGAACCUGUUAUUUUUUAAGCAAUGAAAUUUAUAAAUGAACCUUUGCCAUUUUUCAUGUAAUGCAUAUAGCCAUGUCAGAAGAAACUACUAUACAAGUAAAUAUAAUUGGAAAGUCUGAGGAUUUGAUGGAAUUUGAUGACACUAAUCCUCAGGUCUUCAGUUUGAGCACCCCCAAAGUUGGCAGUAAGGACUGUUCAUUGAUGAAACUUGGUAAACAGCUUCUUAUCAAGGCAAAAGAAGGAGAAGCUGAAGAAGUGCGAAAUCUUAUGUCGAUUGGUGCCCCUUUUACUGCUGAUUUAGUUGGUACCAGCCCAUUGCAUUGGGCAGUUUAUUACAAUCACAUUGAAGUAACUGAAUUAUUACUGAAAGCUGGGAUUUCGAGGGAUGCGAGAAAUAAAGUGGAUCGAACUCCAUCUCAUAUUGCUGCCCAUAAAGGUUUUACUAUUAUCCUUAGACUUCUUUUAGCAUAUGGUGCAGAUGUAAACUGCAAAGAUAUGCUUAGGAUGACACCUUUACACUGGGCAGCUCAAGGUGGGAGUGUUGGCUGUGUUCAAUUACUGCUUGAUUAUGGCUGUGAUGUUAAUUGUGUAAAUAAAUUUGAUAAAACUCCACUUGACAUUGCAAAAGACAAUAACCAUUUGGAAGUUGUGCAACUCAUAGAAUUGGUGAGUGCUGAAGACCCAACCACAAGAAUGGCCAAAGUGACUCACUUUAAAGAAGGAAGCAAAAUCAUAGCACUUAAGAAGGCUAAAUUAAUAGACAACGUAAAUGAUUCAGUUGGUGUUAAAAAUAAGACAUCACCCUCAAAGAAAAAUAGAGUAGGUAUUAUUGUGACUAAACCAAAUCCCACCACUGGUGUGCAAUCUACGUUAGAGCUAAUUAGGGAUUGUGAAACUUCAGAUUUACCUGACUGCUCAAAAACUGUCAAUAAGCCUAUACCAUUGCUCAAUUUUCCGCUUACUACUGCAGCAGAAAAUCCAGAACCGCCAGAUAAGAAAGUGCCAUUGAUUAUUAGAGAUGAUGGUAAAUUAUUUUUAAACUCUUUCAAACUGGGGACAAAUAAUGAUCCUAAAUUUAUACAAAGGAAUGGAGCAAAAUUUGUGACGACGCCAAAAUUAGUUCCAGCGAACUAUCCUAUUAAUCCAUCAUAUAAUGAAGUGAACAAAGGUCCAAAGAAAAUAAUUAAAAUCAAUGCGACUCAGCUCAUAAAUAUGACUAAAGAAAAAAAAUUAUGCAUCACUUCGAGAAAUUCUUAUGUACAGAACAUACAACUAUUUAAUGGCAUUCUAACUCCAGGGAUAAAAGCUUAUGUAGAACAUAAAAUAAGGGCUAAACUACAAGCAGCUGUGAAAGAAGCAGAAGUCAUUAGAAAAAAUUUGGAAGUAAAAGAAAAAGAAAUUGAAAGUUACAAGCAUCAGUUGGAAAAUCUGUCUCGGCUUGGUUCCUUAUUAAUGCAUUGAUAAAGCCUGAAUAGGGUUAUGGUGAAACUUCUCAUUAUUGAACACCCUUAGAGCAAAUGCAUGCAUACAUUUUUUAGGGUUGUCCAGUAAAUAGAUAAUUUUAAAACAAUUUAGUUUUGCAGUUUUUAAUUGUUUAUUAAUGAUUUACAGGGUUGAUUAAUUUAUUUUGGUUUACAUACCCUAUAAACAUAUUUUAAAAUUAAUUAUUUUAAAAUAUGUAUAUGUAAUAAAGUUUUACAGAGCAGUGUUAAAAAGUUGAUUUGAUGAUAGUACAAAUUGAUAGUACAGUCCAAAAAAUAUGGCAUUGAGAACUCGUUGAUUUAUCGAGUUAAAAAUAUCUUACAGUACCACCCUUUUCUUUUUGGCUUAUUGAUUUAACUUUAUUUAUUUAUUUAAUUUUUUUAUUACAGCCCUGGUCGAGUGAUAGUGUUGAAUUAACACUAGAUUUUUCCUCCUAUCUGUAACAUACAUUAUGUAUUGCUUGGUUUAUGUAGGCUAUAAAAUUACAUUGUAAUAAUACAUAAUAAAUCCCAAUUUCAAUUGUUUACUGUCGUAAAGGUUUAUUGGCAUUUAUAAUAAUUUAAGCUUAAAUAUAUGGACAAUAGUGCCAUUUGAAAUACACUGCAACUGCAAAACAUUUUUCUGAAAUUAGUGAAAAUCAAAUAAUUUUUUUAAAAGUAUUGAUUGUGAUUUAAAUGUUUAUGUGCUUAAUUUUGCAUUGUAGCGACUCUUGACUUUUUACUAAUAUCUGAUAUUUUAUGACUGAUAUAUCAGAUAUAUAAAUUGUCUGAUAUCUUUUUUGUUCUUUGUCCUCAUUAACUAAUUAGAGAGUAUGUAUAAACAAUUGAAAACCUUUCAAACCUGUAAGAGAAACUGUUGAUUAUUUAUCUAGUAAAUUGGUGUUCGUUAAAGGAGGUUUCAUUGUAUUUCUAUUCAUAGAAAUUUAUCAGAAUGAAGAUGUCAGCUCAUCUUAAAAUUAAGUUCUUUAAUUGUUUUAAAAAGUGUCUUGGACAUGUGUUAUGAUGGUUGUAUUUACACUGACUGAAGAUGUGAAAUAUAAUAAAUUUAUAAUGUUAUGCUUUGCAUGCAUAGCAUUCCACCCGAAUUUGCUAUGUAGGUAUAAUGUGAGCCGAUAAAUAUUUUCUUAUUGACCUCUCAGCUUAUUUUUCUUUUCUUUUGAAAAGUUUUUCUUCUAAAUUGUUCAUUGUUGCAUUUUAUUAUCUUGGUUUAUUUUAAGUGCAGCUAAUAUAGUAAACAAGUCUCCCCUGUAUUAUUGAUCUAAAUCAAGGACCAAAAGGAAACAAAAAGUCUAAUUUUAUGAUCAUUUAUUGUAUUAAAGUACAAAACUAUAUUACAACGACUUAAUCAUUUUUUUAUGUCAGUCCUAAGGAAAAAAAUAUCUCUGAACAUUAAAAAAAACAAAUGUAUAUCAAAGCUUAGAGAUUACAGUAUGCUACCAUAUUUGCUCUUUAACACAACCAAAAGAGAUUAUGUUUCAUGGGUGCUGAAAAUUUUGUUUUGGCGGUCCUCUCUGAACUAUUUUGGUCCACCUGUCCCUGCUGGGUUUGUUCUUCUGAUGCCAUUUUCAGUGGUUAGGUUGUCAAAACAACUAAACCAGGAAUGGAGGUGGUUCAGGAUAAUGGGCACAACCAAACUACAGAUUUAUACAGACGUUCAGAAAUUCAUUUGAUUAGAAUUUUAUGUAUUUGAAAUUAUUAUUACAGUAAAUGUUUGUGAAAUAAAGUUAUAUUUUUUAAAGGUUUGAUAAAGUUCAAUGAAAUGUGUAAUUUUUAAAAAUUACAUUUUUUCCUUCAAUCAACAUAAUUUAUAAUUACUGAAAACUGAGAUAUGAAAUUUAAAUAUGUAGGCAAUUUUUAAUGAGCAUAUUCUGCAUUUAUUACAGGGAAGGUUUGUUCUUUUGUCAUUACCAUUCCGUGCCAUAUUUCACAUUUGAAUUGAAUAAUAUUCUUUAAUAAUUGUGAUAUUAAUAACCAUCAGUUUUGUUAUGUUUUUAAUGACAUGUUAAAUAUAAGUUAAGAUGCUUUAUGUUUUUCUACCUCAAAAUUCCGCUUUAGUUUUUAUAAGACAAUUGUGAUUUAUUUUUGUGACUAUGUGCAACAGAGGUAGUAUAAUUUCUUAGUGUAAGAAAAAAAGUUUUAUUGUAAAUAAAUGUAUAAAUUGUUAUAAAUAUAUAUGUAUUAUCAUACAUUGAGUGUGCUAGCACCUUAAAGUUUUGACUUAUAUUUUUUCAAUUUCAUACCAAAAUAAAUUAAACCAGGUGCUAAAGUGCGUACAUAUUGUGGAACUGUCUGAUUUAUGUAUUGUUGCUUCCAGACUAAUAAAAAUUGACGAGGCA